AUUCUCAACGACAGUAGGUUUCCACGCGAUUUCUACGCACAGACACCGACAGUCACCCGAUUGUGACGUUACCCACAAGGAAGAAGGUAAGCGUACCGGAGUGGGCGGAUCACAGAAAGUGAAGGGUAAAGCGACAAUCCAUCUUUAGAAAAAGUAAAAAAACCGUACCGUUUGACACUGUUAUUGCUACGACGCGAAGAGAGGAGAAAAAGACAAGAAAGAGGAGAAGGGGAAGAAGAGAGGAGGAACUCGGAAGGGCGAAAGAUGCGACCGAGAGGAGGAGGAAUAAGGGUGAAGCAAUGCGAGCUGUGCGUUCGGCCGGCGAGGAUCCACUGUGAGUCGGAUGAGGCGAGCCUAUGCUGGGAGUGCGACGCCAAGGUGCACGGCGCCAACUUCCUGGUGGCGCGCCACUCCAGGUGCCUGCUCUGCCGGAGCUGCCAGUCGCCCACGCCGUGGCGCGCGGAGGGCGCCAGGCUGCGCCCCACCUUCUCAGUCUGCGAGCGGUGCGCCGCCACCACCUCGUCCUCGGCCGAGGGCAGCGGCGGUGGCGAGGGGUGUGGCGCCGGCGACGAGGAGGAGGGAGAGGGAGAAGGCGGAAGAAGGGAUCGUGAGGAGGACGAAGAGGAAGAGGAGGAGGACGACGACGAAGGGGAGAACCAGGUGGUGCCAUGGUCUCUGACACCGCCUCCGGCUGCGAGCUCGUCGAGCAGCAGCGAGGGCGAGGAGGAGCCAGGCCGGAUAGCGAAUGGCGGCGGCUUCCUGAAACGGAUGCGGGGAAAUGCCGACCUCUCCGUCUCGCAGGACGACCUGGCCUGCUCGUCGUCUCUCCCGAGCUACCUCCCGCCGUCUCCGGCACCAUCUCCAGCGGCGAGCGCCACGAUGGCGGCAGCGGCGAAGGACGAGGCCAGCUCCUGCGCCUCGGCCUUCCGUUCCUCCAAGGAUCGCAAGAGGCCCGCCCUUCGCCCGGAGCCGGCCACCGACACCGCCAGCGCCAUGCUCGAUGUCCGCGUCCACGGCCGCGUCGAUCUCAUGACUCGGCUGCUGUCUUCCUCCGACCCAAAUCGAUACAAGAAUCUCGAAGGUUGAAGGGCUGCUGCUAACUAUAGAGAGCGAUUUCACGAGCUAACUCGAAAGACAUCCUUACGGCUGUGAUCUCUUCUAUUUAGUUUGCCAUUGUGUAUGCAUUGCUGAAUUCUCUUCGAUUGCUUCAACGUUUCUGCCUCUUUCAUGUUCA